CUGCUGCUGCUACUGCUGGUGCUGCUGUUCUUGUAAGAGAGAUGUUCAUUGGAUUGGAUUCGGAUAUUCUUGGCCGAGUCAAUCGAGUCCCAUGAGGAGUGAGGAACUUGUGUCCAUUGAGCCUUUGAUUCAGCCUCUGAAUCAGUCUAGCCCCGUCAGGUUCCCUAGGGCGUGUAGACCAAAGACGUUCGUAGCGUAAGUGACCCACCCACCCGCUCAAAGCUAUCAAGCAAGCAAGCAGGCAAGCAAGCAGGCACUCUCUACCCAUCCGUGCCAAGAAACAUGGUCGCCCAACCACCAUCCGUACGAGCCUGCGCGAUACGUAGCCUCCGAUCAGAGUAGCACAACCACCCACCCUCGUGGCAAAACUCCUUAAAAACCCCAAUUGUUGACGGGUGCGGAUGACUGUGCGAUUCAUCCCUCCCUGACAUGGGACCCUGACAGUGCGGCUGACCCCAUUUCCUUUCUUGCUUCCACUACACCUUUCAAUACACCUUCCAACAAACACGUCAAGCCGUCUGUCGGGGUUUGGCUUGGUAGACACUCCUCCGUCUUCUCCUCUAGCUUCCCCGGCCUUCUUGUUUCCCGCCUUUUCCUCCUCCUCCUCCUCCUCCCCCUCCUCCUCCUCCCCCUCCUUCCAAAUCAGACUCUUCGGGCUGGGCCUUUGAUUGGAUUCGGUUUGGCCAUCCAUUCCUGUGAGUGAGUGAAUGAGUACGGACUUGGAAUGAGUGCGUUCUUUGGAUUGGGCUUUUUCGAUCUUGCAUCCCGCUCUUCGGAAAUCGAUCGAUCAACCAUCCAUCAUCCACCGAUCAUACAAAUCUCAUCGAUAUCAUUGGUGGCGUGUGCACUUAAUCAGCUUUUCGUUUAAGUCUCAGUGUGCACGACGAACCCCCGUAGCGCCAUGGCUGACAGCCCCACCAUUAGCUUGACCGAGGAUGACCCCCUUCACUCGCAUCCGGGCGAAGAGAACAUCCUAGAUGACCUCUUGCAACAAAGCAACGAACAUGAGAACAUGUUUGACGAUGACGACAAAAGGGAAGACGACGACGGCGAGGAAGACGAUGAGCCUGGGAGGGAUGAUGAUGAUGAUGAUGAUGAGAGAGGAGAUAUAGACCAGACAAACUCGGUUCACGCCGCUGCCAAGCGUUGUGAGGGUGAGCAAAAGCGCCAAGAGGAGGACCAACGGAGGCUGGAUGAAGCCGGUGAAGAUAUCUCGGAUGAGGAACUAGCUCACGAUGAUGAUGAUGGUCAUUGCACUGACGAGGGUGAUGGCGACCACGGGGCGGAGCGAUCAUCGACUCAGAAAAACGCCAACACUGCGCCCGAUUUGGAGCCCACCGACGUUCACAGCGACAUUUCUGAUAGUGACAUGGACGACGAAGCUCCUCGAGGUAAGGAGGCCGACGACUCCAUCACCAAAGCCAAAGAGGAUAAGAUGAGCGGUGCUGAGCAAUCGUCUUCUGCGCCAUCCACCUCCUCGGUGGUCACACCUGGCCCUAACACCGGGGAAGAAAGCCAGAGUGAAAAGACCGAGGCCAAAGAAACCACUUCGCCUCUGGCAAAGCCAGAAUCCACUACUCCACCUCGAAAACGAUCUUGGGAAAAAAUCGAACCCCCAGCUAGUUCUGACCCCGAACCUGACGAGUCCUUAGAUGGCCGAGAAGAUACGGAGGACAGAAGGAAAAGUGAUGCAAGCAAGAAGAGCGGCUCGGGCAAAUCAUAUGACUACGCUACCAAGUUGAAUUACUUGUUUCGGGAUGCUCGCGUUUUCCUUGUUAAGAGCAACAAUGGGGAGAACGUCGCCUUGUCCAAAGCCAAAAGUGUUUGGAGCACGCCCCCGGCCAACGAAAGUCGUUUCAACCAAGCUUUUUUGGAAUCUCGCAACGUGCUCCUCGUGUUCUCCAUUAAAGAGUCGGGUCGGUUUGCUGGUUUCGCUCGAAUGGCCUCAGGAUCUCGUCGAGAUGGACCCUCCGUGUCUUGGGUUCUCCCACCUGGAUUGUCUGCGAAAGCUUUAGGAGGGGUGUUCGAAUUGGACUGGGUGUGUCGGAAAGAGCUCUCUUUCCAACGCUGUCAACACCUGACCAACCCGUGGAACGAAGGCAAACCUGUUAAGAUUGGCCGCGAUGGCCAAGAAAUCCAACCUAAUGUGGCAUUGGAGUUGUGCCGCUUGUUCCCAGAAGAUCAGACCAUUGACAUGACCCCGAUUCUAAGGAAGUCCAAAGAAUCCGCCCGAAAGCAACGAGCCAAAUCGAUCGACGAAAGGUCGAGGGCGAUUCCCAAGACCCGACCACUAAGCGCCAAUAGGGGACCACUACCCCGUGCCAUACAUUCGAAUCGUUACGACGAGCAGGGAGCCUCACCGCGGAUGAUGAGCCGUAAACGCCACAGGAUGGAUGAGCGGGAUAUGGAUUUGGGUUCCAUGAAAAUGGCACGGCCACGUUCAUCUCCGUAUGACGAACAACGAUCCUCCCCAUAUUCCAGGGACUACCAUCCUCAUGCUCAGCACCAAUACCAACAAUUCCUCCCCUCUUCCUCUUCCAACUCGAGAUAUCCGCGAAACGGAAGCACCAACCACCGCCACGAUCGAGAUCGAGGUGGUGGGGGAGGAGGAUCCACGCGAGAAAGACCCUCGUCAUCCUCAGUAUUGCACGGAGCGCAUGGACCAAGGUUAUCCUCCUAUAUGAUGGCAUCUAAUUCCUCCCCACUCGUUCAGCGAUCGUAUUAUGGUUCAGUGGGCUCCUCACGGGGUGACCGUGAUCCUCCGUCGAGACGGGAAAGUCGUCGUCAUGACGAGUAUGUCGAUUAUGCCCCUGAGCGUGGUCAUCGAGGAUCGAGGCAGUUUGAAUCUCGAGGUAGCUAUGCCGAGAGUGGCAAGGUCACUCGGCGAGUUUAUGCACGACGAUAAGGAUGAAAAUGAUGAUAAAAAUAACGAUAAAAAGCCUCCAACAUGAGUUAGGAAGCCUCAUGUGGUUCACUCAAUAAAUGGAAAAUGUCGACUAAA